AUGAUGCUUGACAAUUUGGAAUAUCGUGUGGCAACCAAAGAGGACCAUUCCGACAUUCUCGAAUUUCUUCUCACCUAUUUCUACAAGGAUGAGCCGUGCACCAAGGCUCUCAAAUUCACCAAAGAUGAAGUCCGUCCAUUGUUCGAGGGCAUCGUCGAGCGUUGCCUCCGAUUUCCGGUCAGCACCGUCGUGCGAAUGCCGAACGGCGUCAUCGUCGCCGUCAUGCUCAAUUCGGUGUGGCGGCGAACCGACGACGCGGCGAGCAGCGGCGAUUUCGACAACGGCGAGCAACCGUCCGAAAACAUGUUGGCGUUUGUGCGAUUCGUCAAUCGGGCGCAUGAGGAUCUCUGGAAUUUAGUGCCGUCCAACGUCGAGGCUGUCCUUCACAGAGAAAUCUCAUCGGUGGGAACGCCGUAUCAACGAAACGGCAUCGCCACCAAAAUGGUGACGGCGAAUUUGACGGCCGACAAACUCAAACAAUUCAAUAUUGGCGGCGUGAUAUCGGAAACGAGCAGCCACGCGAAUCAAAUGUUGCUCGCCAAGAAUGGCUUCAGAUGUCUCAAAGAAUUGCCGUACGCGGAAAUGCGAAACGCGAGCGGCGUCAGCAUUUUGACGCCCGUCGAUGGCGCCACCGGGCUUCGCCUCAAUUUUAAACCAAUCGAUGAGUUCAAUUUUGAUGAUUAA